AUGUCCCCUGGGAGAGAGGACCUGAGGACACUGACACCAAAGGCAAGACGUCCUCCCCCUACCCCUCAGCCCAAUGUCCCCCUCCUCAGAUGCCCACUCUGCUCCCGGGGAGAGGGGGGAGAUAUCUCUGAAGACCCUCAGGGUGCCCAGUGCCCCUGCACACCCCCGGCUCUGCUCUCACCUCCAGAUGCCGAGAAGACCCUGGAUUACUGGAAUGAAGGGGCCAGGAGGAGGCUGGAGUCAUCCCUGGCCUUGCAGCCAGUGGCACGGCAGGCCAAAAACAUCAUCCUCUUCAUGGGUGACGGUAUGGGGCUGUCCACGAUGUCGGCAGCUCGGAUCUACAAGGGACAGCUGGCCGGCGGCUCAGGCGAGGAGAGCAUCUUGGCCAUGGAGACGUUUCCCCACGUGGCCCUGGCCAAGACCUACACCAUCGACCGGCAGGUGCCUGACAGCGCCGGUACAGGCACAGCCUACCUCUGCGGGGUGAAGGCCAAUGCUAAGACGCUGGGGCUGAGUGGGGCAGCUGUCUAUGGCAAAUGCCGCACCACCUUUGGCAACGAGGUCGACUCCAUCCUGCACCGGGCCAGGCUGGCGGGCAAGUCGGUGGGCAUCGUGACAACCACGCGGGUGCAGCAUGCAUCCCCCGGGGCGGCCUAUGCCCACUCGGCCAGCCGGAGCUGGUACGCCGACGCCAACAUGCCCAAGGAGGCGUUGCGGGAUGGCUGCAAGGACAUCGCCUACCAGCUGGUGCACAACACGGACAUCAACGUGAUCCUGGGCGGUGGGCGGAUGUACAUGACCCCCAAGCGCACCCCAGAUCCCGAGUACCCAGAGGACCCAGCUCAGAACGGUACCAGGAAGGACGGCCUUGACUUGAUUGCCGAAUGGCUAAAUGCCAAGCAGGGCGCCCGCUACGUCUGGGACAAGAAGGGCCUGGAUGCAGUUGAGGAUGACUCCGUGAGCCACCUGAUGGGCCUCUUCGAGCCCAAGGAUAUGAAGUAUGAGCUGAACCGCAACGCCUCCACGGACCCCUCCAUCGUGGAGAUGACGGAAAAGGCCAUUCGCAUCCUGCGCAGGAACCCCAACGGCUUCUUUCUCUUCGUUGAAGGUGGCAGGAUUGACCAUGGCCACCACAGUGGCCGGGCCAAGCAGGCACUGAUGGAGGCUGUCAUGCUGGACCGGGCGGUGGCACGGGCAGGCGAGCUCACCUCCCCCUCUGACACUCUGACCGUGGUGACGGCCGAUCACUCCCAUGUCUUCACCUUUGGGGGCAACACUCUGCGUGGCACCUCCAUCUUCGGGCUGGCCCCCAAGAAAGCCAAGGACAAGCGAGCCUACACCAGCAUCCUCUACGGCAACGGGCCUGGCUACAGCAUCCGUGACGGGGGACGCCCAGCCGCCAGCCUCCCCACUGCGGAGGACAAGGACUACAGGCAGCAGGCAGCUGUGCCCCUGGAGACAGAGACCCACAGCGGGGAGGACGUGAUGGUGCUGGCCCAGGGCCCCAUGGCCCACCUCUUCCAUGGGGUGCAGGAGCAGCACUACAUUGCCCAUGCCGUGGCCUACGCCGCCUGCCUCGAGCCCUACGCUGCUGAGCCCCAGUGCGGGGCAGCCCGCAGGGCCUCCCAUGGCACCCAGUGCGCCCCCCAGCCCCUGCUCGCCCUCCUGACCCUCUGCGUGGCUGUCUGCCUGGUGGGGGGCUGA